AUGAGAAGGCGACAGCAGCAGAUUUUGGCCCAGAUGCGGUCUCAGCAGAUGCAGUUUCUGUCCGCUAACAGCGAUGCCAUGGAGGAGACUGGCACUGGCACGAACGCUCAAGCGAUGGCAGACUCAGACAGUGACAGCUACGAUGAGGCGACAGAGUCGGAGGAAGAAGUGGAGGAGGAAGACCACGAGGAAGAAGACGAGUGGGGGUUUCCUACUGGUCAAGUGGAUGUUCGCCUGUACCUGGAGCACGUGUCGUCCGCUAUCGCCCAGAUCCGAGAGAAACAGCGGAGAUGUCAAGAUCGAAGGCGCCGAAGGAGACGCAGCACUCGGAGCUCGUCUAUCACUGCAGAGAGCGACGAAAGGGGCCGCUCGUCCUCCAUAAGUUACGACCACUACAACUCAGUGGAUGAUUCCUGUGCAGAGUGCGGGCUCUGCCGGUUGCCGUGCGACCCACGCUCUCGUGAAUCAUCCUUUGGCUUGGUAGGCAUGAUUAUGCCCACCAAUAUGCCCCAGAGGAUCGAGAAAGGGUCGUCAAACUCGGAUGUGCGUCCAGCUGCGUCCUCGAGACUCCCGUCCUUACGCGUGCUGAAGCCUGGAUCCACCGAUGAGAUGCGCUUGCAGCUUGCAGACAGCGUCAUCUGGAGCUGUGGUCACGCUAUUCACCACUCGUGCUUGAAGGCGUACCUCAUGUCGCUCUGGAAGCAAAAGCACGGUCGCAAUCCCUUGGAAAUGGCCAGUGGCGAGGACCGUCUGCUCAGUGAACGGGACUUGGAGUUCGUGUGUCCAAUCUGCCGUCGACUCUCCAACUGCCUCGUGCCUCGCGUGUCUCUGGGGGACAUUCGGGAGCGAGCGUCCGUCGAUGGGUUGGUAAAGUCCGAGGAAGAAGAGAAGAGGGACGACGGACAGGACCCCCUGGCGUUUCUUCAGUGGCUGGACACCCAAAUGAGCUUUCGAGACGACUCGCCGGUCGUCAAGCGACGUCGCUCGCGCACUCAGUCGAGUUUGCGUUUGAGACGGCGGUUGUUAUCGUCCACUUCGAAGACGUCGUUGUCCCCUGGCUCUCAGGCUUCUUCAGGCUCGCCGUUUUUUAGUAGUGAUGAGGAUCCCACGGAGCGAGACGUGAGUGUGGAGCGGGAGAUUGGCGCAUUCUGCCAUGAAAUUGUGCUGCGUACUGUCCGUGCGCAACUGUAUCUCCCGACGCUCCUUACUAGCUCCAUUCGGGAUGAAGGCAGCGUGGACUUGGAGAUGCAGCAGCUCAGCUCGGAAUGUGGCGCUCAAACGCCGGCGUGGCAGUUGCUUCUGCACUGUCUUGAAGUGCAAGUACGCGUCGUAGCGCGUGAGAAGACGCUGCUGCAGACGGACAGUGUGGACCUAUUGCAGCUCCGUUCCAUGCGCCAACUUGCGGAUAUUACGGCAGCAGCGGUCGCUUUCUCCACUCCGAGCUCAUUGGCGUGGACGGUGGUGGAGGCGUCCGCUGAGAAACAAUUCGAGAGCGUGAUGACUCGACUGAAUGGACUGAUAUUUGGCCACCAAGUGCUCUUUGCAGAAGACGAAGAUGCCUGCAGCUCCCAUUGGAAUAUUCGAGACCAGCUGCAAGUGGGGGAUGCCGACGACGCGACGGAUGCAGCGCUAGUGGGGACGCCGAUUCUGUUCCAUCCGCGGCUGCUCACGUGUUUCGCUAUGCGCAUGAUGUGGAGACAGAGCAUAGCAACACCCAGUGCGGACGUAGCAGCGGAACAGCUCCUCACGGAGGCUUUCUUCUCGGCGCGUGUAUUAUUCACAGCGCAGGUGCUACAGGCACUCGCCUACCUCUCGAUACAGGAAGACAGUAAAGUGGAAAGAGGAGAAGGACAAAUGGAAAUGCGCGACUUUGAUCAAGUCGAGUCACUUCGUGAUGCGGCUGCGUGGAUUUCUCUGAUGCUGGCGCGGUCUCGCGUGAUGGACACGAAGGCGGCGCAGAGGCCUGUUAGGAAAUGGAGUACUACGGCGAUGGAGGAGAAAGUGAGCGUGCUGUGUCUGCCGCUGGCCCAGCAGAUGCUCCUACUAAUGGACAUUGUGCUGCCAAUGCCUCAUGACCAUCACGGGGACAGCAACAACUCCAAAACGCCGCUAGUUGCUUCGGAGACUUGCGCUGUAUGCGACGGGCUGUUCCCUGCUGCUUCGACGUCAACUGGGUCUCCUACGGCGUCUGCGCUGCUGGAGAAAUGCUUACGGAGACUUCAUCUACCGCCUCUACGCCUCUUCUUCCAUCGAGAAAUGUUCUCGACAAGCCAACGCGCGUUGUGCCAGCUCUGGGGCGCCCAGCUGGAGGCAAAAGCCGCCGUUUCCCGACAACAAGCUCGAUCUCAAGCGCUAGUGGCAGGUGGCUCCUCUGCGCAGGUUGAUACCUUUCCACUGCAACGCCAAGUGACGUUGCUGUCGUCUCGAGCUGCUGCGGUCGCUGCUGCUGGCAACACCUCUCGCCUGCUGAUCCCGCUGCCUCGCGUGUACAUGGACCUAUUUAUUCGCUACAAUGAGAAGCCGACGGGUGUGUGUCAGCAGUGCGCGCAGGUCCCUCAGCAUCCAGGACUGUGCCUCUAUUGUGGCGAAGUGCUGUGCUGUUUCUCGCCGUGUUGCGAGGCGAAGGAGGGCGGCGGCGUGGGUGAGUGCACGCAGCACGCCCAGCGCUGUGGCCUUGGGACGGGGGCUUUCCUGCUACUACGUGCGUGCACUGUGAUCCUCUUUUUGGGCAACGAACGACGUUGUGUAUGGGGCAGUCUGUACGUGGACAAGAACGGAGAAGAAGACCCGUAUCUACGUCGCGGCAAGACGUUGUAUCUCGACCAGAGUCGUCGUCUAGCACUGGAGACGCUGCUGGUCUCGCACAGCUUCUCCCAGAACACCGCCAUCUUACAGAACACAUCAAGACGGGAUGGUCGUCGGUAUUAA